AUUAAGAAAGAUGAAUGAACAUCAGUGCGGGAUGAUUGAACUUUAAUCGCUCUUUACUAUUACAAUCUUGCUAAUGAUGAGUCUGUAUAUGUAGAAGUCAGCAAAAAAGAAAUCUUGAAUUGCAGUUGCAGACAGAUCAGUAGAACAAUGAAUGGGGGGGAAGAAAAAAGACAGAUUGUUCUCCGUGGUGCCUCUUCGGUGAUCAGUCCUUCACUUUGCACACCCCUGUCUUUCAACUGAGGCAUCCAACUGGCUGUUGAGAAAAGACUAACAUGUGAAAGCACACCCAUCACUGGCCCCAGGCGGGGAGGAUCACUACUCUGCGGAGAGGUAUAAAGACAGCACUCCAAAUCCAUUAGGCACCUGUUGCCAGAAGCACCUUAAUGUGUGAAGGUGCUGAAGAAGAGUAUGAACUCAAUUCAUCUCGCAGCCCAUCAGAGAUCUACAAACCUUCAUCAGACUCAUCCGAAAAGUGCCCAGGAAGCCACAGAGAUGGCGGUGUACUGUGACAACUUCAGUAUGUACCACCAGCAGAACUUACAUUCAUCUCAAAGAGCAGCCAACUAUGGAAUUGGAGACUAUCCACCUUCCACUAACCCUUACUUAUGGCUUGGUGGGCCCGGAGUCAACAAUACGCCCAGUUACCUUCAUGGAAAUAACCCAAACUCCUAUAUGCCACCUUCUUAUGGAUCUCAGAGACAGUUUCUGCCAAAUUCGUCAGGUUUCAGUGGGACAGAUCUUGGCUGGUUGUCCAUAGCUUCUCAGGAGGAACUUUUGAAGCUGGUGAGGCCUCCAUAUUCUUACUCAGCUCUCAUUGCCAUGGCCAUACAAAACACUCCGGAGAAGAAGCUAACCCUGAGCCAGAUAUACCAGUACGUGGCGGACAACUUUCCCUUCUAUAAGAAGAGUAAAGCAGGAUGGCAAAAUUCUAUCCGGCACAAUUUAUCCUUGAACGACUGCUUCAAGAAAGUGCCAAGAGAUGAGGAUGACCCAGGCAAGGGCAAUUACUGGACCCUGGAUCCCAACUGUGAGAAGAUGUUUGACAAUGGAAACUUUCGCCGGAAAAGAAAGCGCAGAACAGAACCCAACAACACUGACGCUGUCACAGCUAAAGGUGAAGAAGGUCGCACGGCCCUAGGGAGGAAAGGGGGUGAUAGCCCAUCUAUGAUGACCCCUUCAUCCCCAGAGAUGGAAGCCUCCUCAGAUGAUCGGAAGAGCACAUCUCCCCCCGGAAUCACCUCUACCCCUUGUUUGAAUAACUUUUUUAGCAGUAUGACCUCCUCCUUGGACUCCAGCUCAGUGAACAGACAGAUGUCUCUGGGGCUGGUCAAUGAACUCUCUCAGAGGAACAUCACUGGAUUAAGCAGUUUCACCUCAGGCCCUGCGGUAGAACCAUCUGCAGACCUGCAGGACAGUUUGCACCUAAACAGAGGCCCCUACUACAACUCUUUCAGCGGCUCCAAUCAAAACAGCCAAUUCAACAGCCAUUUUUAUAACAAUUUCAGCGUCAACAGCCUCAUCUACUCCAGGGAAGGCAGCGAAGUGUAAUCCCGGGACAUAUAUUAUGGCGGCCGCUGUUGGCAGAUACUCUUUUUUUUUUUUUUUGUCAAUUGCGCAAACUUUUUAAGAAAUGCGAAACACAGACUUAAAAAUGAACAGGACAUCUUCAUAAUGUGACACAAUUCGUAGUCGCAAUAGACCGCUGCUGUUUUUCCUUUUUUUAAUCUGUAGAAGUUUAUUCUAAAGUGCUAACCACAAAUGACAGCAC